CUUACGCUGAUUCUAAGGUCACGCGAAUUCCACAGGGGAAUUCAUAGGUAUCAUUUACAACAAAUAUACUUAGCGGUAGCAGGAGGAAAAGAAUAUGAUGAACUCACAAAAAAAGUUAGGGAAACGUCGACAAUUACUUCAAUCCAUUCUUUAUGAGCAAGCUCUAAAAGAUGUUACUAAACAUCAAAUCCAAAAUUAUAAUAAUGCUGUAAAUCGAUCAGAAUAUCAAAAAAAUUUCUGCAAUAGAACUUUUACUCCAACUUUGGAUAAUAACGAAUUACUUCAUCAUAAAGAACUUACAUACCCUCUUUAUAGUAGCCUUACCCAAACAUUCUAUACUCAGCAAAUAAUGGAAGGUAUUCUUAAAAUAAAUGUCCCAUCAUUAAAUUUAAAGGAACCAUUUAAAAAAAAUAAUACAUUUACUGAUGAUAUUAGAACUACUAUAAAAGAAAUGAAUUAAACUCAUGACUCAAUAAGUAAUUGAAGAGUUUUUUAUAUUAUUUAACGAUACAAGAUAUCUUUAAAUAUUUAUACACAAAAUUACGUAUAAUAAUAAGAUCAUAGUAACUGA